GACGCUGUCGUCUGCCGCCAAGUCUGGGGCUGCUUUGUUUUUUUCCGGCACGUCGCCCGUAUUCACAUGUGACACUUUCUAGUGACUCGGAUACUAUCGCUACGCUUGCAUCCUUCGCGUGGGAUGUCGUUUGGAAACCGACGCAGCGUUCCCGACUCCAGGAAAACUUCCUUCGAAAACCUCGAUGUUUGAUUUCGCACGCCAAGGAUACAGCUACAGCCAGACCCCAGACGAAGCGAAAGUUGGAAGCAGCUACAUCACUAGCGGGUAUCCAGAUGAAGCAAGGAGUGUUCAUGCUGUCCGUGUAUGCUCCUCGCAUUUCACCGAUAAUGUGUACCUGGAUGAGAACAUCGUGGAAGUGCAACUUGGAUUGACACAAAAAAGGAACGAAUUGAAACUUGACGCCGUUCCGACAGUGUUCCACGAACAAAGCGAGCCAGCAACUUCGACACUGCAGGCAGUUCGACAGGGUCAAGCGCAAGUGAAGGACCAGGUGCUGCUGAUCAAGUCCCACCCAUCCAUGAAACGGCAUCAAACAAUGUACGUGUGUGCACGGCAAUUUUGCUGAGAGACCUGGUUUUUACACUAAUGCCUUUACGACGCCUCUGACAAAUUAGGAUCUUCCAGAACAGUGCUUUCUUCAUCCAAGUUCAAGAAGUAAAGAGAAUGACUUCAUGGCUUCUACUGACAUCUCACAGCUA